GUGAAGGACUUAUCAACCUGUCACCGUCACCUCGAAAAGGAUCACGAGCUUACAUAUAACAAAUGGGCGGGCGAAAAUUCGUUUGAUUCAAUGCUUCCGAAAGCCGUUGCUAAGCGCAGAAAUGACACGCUAAAGGCCAGUGCAAGUCAAACUGGUCUCGACAACCAUCUACAUGAGCGUCCGAAAGCUGAACGUAUCUUGCCAUACUCCGAUAAGCUGUUCCGAGAGGCAGCAACUGAGUGGCUCAUUGCCACAGAUCAGCCAAUACAAGCACUCGACCAUCCUAACUUCCAUAAAUUGGUUGACGUGGCCUCGAGGGCCACAAAUGGCGUCAAAAUUCCAGAUCGUAAAGUAACGCGGGCCGAGAUCAUUGCUAUGUUUCAAAAACAGAUGAAACACCUUCGUGAACGGCUGAAUGUAGCUUCAUGCUUUUAUUUAAUAUAUAUAUACAUUGUGAUCACUAUUUCCAGAGUAACGCUGUGA